AUGGUGAUUAUAUUUUUUAUUCUGAAUAUUUUAACAUUCAUCAUUUGCGAUGUUCCACGACUUCCUGAUCAUAUUAAGCCUCUAUCAUAUGAUUUACAAUUAGAAGUAUACCUACCAGGUUAUUCGAUUGAACCACAAUAUUUUGGUAUAGUCAGCAUCGAAUUAGACAUCAAACGAAAUGUGAAUAAUAUAAUUCUUCAUGCAAACAAGAACAUUAUUUUCAGUCAAACAGUUUUAGAAUUUUCAAAUGUAAGUCUUUCACAACAAAAAUAUGGUUUAGUUUAUUCCGUAUUUUAAGCCGGAUGAAAGUUCACAUUAUACAAUAUCACCGAUCAAAAUCACUGACAGCGAUGAAUUUCAACAAGUCAAAUUACAUUUUGACAAAACUAUUCCCGCAGGAAAAGCUCUAUUGACCAUUGAAUAUUCGUCAAAUUUUAACAACGAUAUGAUGGGUUUUUAUAAUUUUUCAUAUAAAAAUGAAGCAGGAAAACUGCAAUAUGGUGCAUUGACUCAAUUUGAACCAUAUUCAGCAAGAUCAGCUAUACCAUGCUUUGAUGAGCCCGAAUUCAAGGUUUGAUUAUUUUUCAGAGUUUUGCUUUCAACAUAUCUAUUGAAAUAUGAUAAUUUUUCAGGCGAUAUGGAAAGUUGAUAUAUACCAUCCUAAAGGUACAAAUGCACUUUCAAAUACACCUGGAAUUCGAACAACACCAUACGGGGCUGGUUCUGAAAAAUGGGAGAAUUUCACAUAUACUACAUUUGAAGAAACACCAGAAAUGUCGUCGUAUUUGUUAGCUUUUGCUAUAUCGGAAUAUGUUUAUGAAAGCGCAGAAACGAAAUCUGGAAUAUUGGUAAGUAUAUAAAAUAUAUUAAUUUUUGUAAACAUAUUUCCAGGUUAAUGUGCAUGCUCCAUUUGAAUCUACCUUUUUAAUAAAAUCCCGGUUGGGUGGUGUCUCGAUGGAAGCAGGAUUUUCAAAUGUCGCAAUUUUGGACAUUUCCCAUUUUUUCCGAAAAUCAUACCUUCGCGAACGUCCAAAAGGAUCCGAUCCUGGACCUUCUGAACAAAAAACACGUGAUCUAACCACUUGA